GCUUCCCAAAAAGUUUCACGAAAACGUUUAACUGUUCGCGAAAUGCGUGUAACCUACAUUUAUUUGGCACCAUUUGUUAAACUUUUAUUUAAACGAGGUGAUUUGAAAAGUGCUCUGUGAUUGCACGUCAUACGUUGAAGGUUAUUAUUAAUACUUUUACUUGAUUUAUAAUUUAUAUCGCGCCGUAAUAUCUUCCUCAGUAUAUAAUUGAAAUAACAAUAUAAUAUAACAAAUUCAAAAGCUGAAUAAUAAUUUUUUAAAUUCCUGAUGGCUCAAUAUUUUGGAUACAUAUUAUGGACAUAGAUGUGACGUCCAAAAUAUUUCAUUCAAACGCUAAUGAUGGCUAUAAUAUUUCACGCAUGUUAGUACGGUUUGAAGCAUAACAUUCACAAUGAUAGCGUAGCUGAUUCAGAGCCCGCUUCAAAGGACAUGACAGCUGUCAAUGCGGGCAUACAUGAGCUGGCAGGGGUCCGCCUUCCUUUACAACCGUACCCAGGAGGUCAUGCUGUAUUCAUGUACAGUACCGCUUCUGACGGUAACGUCACGCUACAACUCAAGGAGCCUGACGACCUCGAUAAAAAUAGCUUAGCUGCUAUGUUAGCUAAGCUGCAAGAUGAUACCACUUUUUCUAUAUCCUAUCAAGAUACUGACAUUUUGUCUGAGGGCAUCGACGUGUUAUUGGGUACAGGACCAGCAAAUUCAGGUGGGAGCGAUGCAGUUACUGCCACCUUCGAUCUCUUCGACUCAUCGAGUGGUCCAGAUCUCACUCUCUCUCCGCAGACCUUUACCAAUUCAGCUGAGGCCUUCAUCAAUGACAAUUCUAACAGUCUGGGCGUCCCGACGGAGAGCGAUGCAGUUUCAACAACUACUACUGAUGAUAAGAAGUCUCUAACCACUUCGGAAUUGGUGAAGGUGUCAACAAAACGAGCCAGGCCCAAACCGACAUCGCCCAAUAGACAGGGUCCACAACAAUGUCAGGUCUGUGCCAAAGUAUUUGGAAACGCCUCUGCCUUGGCAAAACACAAACUGACUCAUAGCGACGAAAGAAAAUAUGUUUGUAGCAUGUGUGGAAAAGCUUUCAAGCGACAAGACCACCUAAACGGCCACAUGCUCACCCACCGCAACAAAAAACCCUAUGAGUGCAAAGCAGAAGGCUGUGGAAAGAGCUACUGUGAUGCAAGAUCGUUACGAAGGCAUACCGAAAACCAUCAUAGCACUCCCGCCACAACAGUUAACACUACAACGACAACACUAUCUCCUGCACAAGGAGCUGCCUCGGGAGAUGCUGCUUCACCGCACGGUUCCAGUUGCAUACAGUAUGCACCGCCUCCGACGUCGAAUACAGCUUCGACAACGACGUCAGUUACAGCUUCCAAUGGGAAGAGUCAGUUGCAACAGUUAUUGGCUACAGAUUCAACGAAGGGCAGCAACAGCACCAACAAUGACGGGUUAACUAAACAGCAGCUGGAUUUGAUACAUCAAAUAAUGGAACAAACUCAGAGACAAUCCCAGGCCGUAGCAGCGGCAGCGGCGGCAGCAUCAAACAAAUCCACAUCAUCAAAAACUUCCUCCAGUGGUAGCGGCAAUAUCAAGAGCGUAGGUAGCAGCAAAUCUACCUCAAAAUUGCAUCAGAGCAAGAAUACAUGGUUACCCACAGCUUGUCACCAACAGCACACAAAUAAAAGCAGCAGCAGUAGUAGUAGUUCGUCUACAAGUGGAACUCCAAGUCCACAAGCUAAAGUUACCACUUCAUCCACUCCCACAUCACCAAUUAACUCUACGGCCGGAAAAACAGAACCUAAACCUGUCGAGUGUAACUUAUGUCACAGAAAAUUCAAAAAUAUCCCAGCUCUCAACGGUCACAUGAGACUUCAUGGAGGUUAUUUCAAAAAGGUUGGUAAAAUGGAUACUGAAAACAAAAAAAGUGAAAAGAAAGAUCCGGGUGGUCCUCCAUUACAAACAGCAAGUUUUAGCGUUAGAGCCCUAAUUGAAGAAAAAAUAAUCAAUAAAAGAAUAACAAAUACACCUCAACCAUCCAAUGAAGACCAGAAAAUCAAUGCUCCGCCUCUCUUUCCUCUAAACGUGCAUUCCUCCCCGUCUAAUAACACUGACCUAGAGUCAAAAAUUUCAUCGUUUGUCGUACCAGCUCCUCCUCAACAGACCUCCGACAAAUCCCGUAGACAUUCCGAUGCGGAAACAUUCCGUAGCAGCACCACUCAGCAGGAGGCUCAAGCGCUGGCUGAUUUAAUUCUUAAGCGCGAAAAGGCUACGGUGAAAAGAACUACCUCGGACCCAGGACAGUCGUCACCAAUAUUGCAGUUUCAAUCAAACGAUUCCUUCACUUUGGCGAACGUUACUUAUCAAUCCGAAGAAGCAGAAUUUAUAUCUUCAAGUUUACAAGAAGGUGUUUUCACUCAAGUUCAGGAUAGCAUGCUUCUACAAGGUGUGGAUCCAAAUCAACUAGCAUCAAUUCAAUUCCAAGCUGAAUCUCUUCUGCAGGAUCAUAACGAGCCGCAAAUGCAAGAUUUCAAAAUCGAAGACAUUAAUCUUCAAGAAUCAGUAGUUCAACAUUCACCUUCGUAUCAAUCUAAUCAUUCUGUCAAUCAAGAUUUGCAAGCGGUACUUGAUUCCCCGUUGCCGGAGAGUUUAGCAGAAUUCAGUACUUUUCAUUCAACAAAUAGCAUUGAUAUGCCUUCUCCCAGUUACCAAACUCAGUCACCCGCACAAUAUGCUCGCUCGCCACAUACAAUUACUGCACAAUCCCCGCUUCAAAGUCCACUGAUAAGGCACGAUUCGCCCGGAUUCGCUUAUCCUACACCGCCUGCAAGUCAUGAAGGACAAAGUCCAGGAUUUGGACAGAAUACCAUACUACCAAUGGUAUCACCCAAUGCGCAAGAGUUUGGACAAAUUGUCGAUAGAGGUGUUUACGAAGAACCACCUCAAGCAUCUUCACCGUUGUCUGCUGCAUUUUUCACUUCAACUAUGUCUAGUUCGGCAGCAGUAGAAGAAGCAUUAGAGGAGGUACUGCCAGGAGAACCUAUUUACCCCCUAACAAACUCUCCGUCUCCUCAAUCUCCUCUUGGUCUCACACCAGUACCGUCACCAAUAUCUAAUACCGUUAGCACCUCCGACCCUCAACCAUCAACAAAAUUCUCAACGUCUCCGAAUACUUCUACGUAUUCUAUGUCGGGCAACUGGUGUAACGGAGUAAUGCUCCCAAACUCUGAUGAUCCUCUACUUUCCAGCAGCCCAAAAGAUUUCGUACCAAGAAGAAAAAUUGAAAUUAAUGGAGUACCAUUAAGACUCAUAAGUAACAACGGCCUAAUUGAAUUGAACAGCUCAAAUUUUGCAGGAAUUCUUGUCGAUGCCAAUGGAGAAAUUAAGCUUUUCCAAACUGGCGGUAGUACGUUUCAAACAAAAAAUAUUCUAUUAACAAAUACCCCUUUAAUUAAUACUCAAGAUAAUGACGACAAAUGUAAAAAAGUGAUAAAAACCGUACAAUGUACAAUUCCAACGAAGCACGUUAUCAACAAGCCUAAACAAAUGACAGAAAUUAAGAAAGAAGACAACAACGAUGUUUUUCUAAGUCCUACUUCGAUACCUGCUAGUCCUGUAAGAAUAUCCAGAAAGAGGCCUAGAACAGAGCCCUUACAGCUACCUGUAUUACAUCAAUCAAAACUUAGAGCUACAAGAAGUAAACCUCCAGGUUGUGCUAGAUAUACACCUCAGCCAAUAUUAAGCCCACAGAGACCUGGAACGGGACUUUACACAAACAUUAAGAACAGAAACGAUGAUGGUAUGAACUGGAAUAGUGACCCCAUUCCAGAAAGUGAUUCCACCCCUCACGUUAACGUCGGGUCACAAUUUCAAUGUAAAAUACCAAGCUUUUCUUCAGCACCUAAUAGAGGAAGCUCUGAAUCUACAUACGAAGAUCUCCUAUGGGAUCCCGGUAUUAGUAACUGCACAGAUAGCGAAGUGGAUAUGUACCUGGAUUUUGCUUGCUGUGCUGCUGUGCCAGGCGGGGGAAGGAAUAAAGAAUAUGCAAUGCAUCUUCUUCAUAUGUGUGGAGGAAACAUACAUGACGCGAUGUUGCGAUUGAUGCAGCCCUCACCGAAUCUUCCUACUGAUCAUCCUCUCUUAGCAUAUCAGUAUUGCGAAAGUGACAAAUGGUCAACGACAGAAACAGACAUAUUCCACAAGUCACUGCUCAAGUACGAUAAGGAUUUCCGCAAUAUUGCUCAAGAGAUUCGGACGAAAACUAUAAAGCAAUGUGUGCAAUUUUAUUAUGUUUGGAAAAAAGUGUGCGCUGAUGAAUACCGACGAUUGAAACAUCUUAGAGAAAGGAGAAAUUAUUACUACAAACAUACAGAAAUGGAUAUGGAUGAGAAGCUAUUUGCUGAUGUUAAACUUUUAGGGAUUGCUGAUAGCGGGUGUCCGAUGCCCAUACCGGAUACAAGAAACUUUGUUUGCGAAUUCCCAGAUUGUUCAGCAAGUUUCAAUUCUCGAGCAGCACUAAAUGGUCAUAUUCGAAUACACGGAGGUACUGCGAGAAAUUCGCCGACACCCUCUACAACAACAACAGAAAGGCGAACAGUCUCCGUCACCUCCUCGACGAUGUGUCACCCAGAUUCGACCGAAGAGUACCCCUGUAAGAUAUGCGGGAAAGUGUUCACAAAAAUCAAAAGUCGUAGUGCCCAUAUGAAGUCUCAUCGACCCCCUGACGCUGAACCAGUCAAGAGAAAAGAAAAAGAUACUCCCAGCUACGAACUUUCCGUGCCAAGCCCGUUUAGUACUUAGUCUUAGCAAAACUAAUACUCAUUUAUAAAUAAACAGAAAAAUUUAAUCAAAAAGCAGUAAAGGGCAAUCAAAAAUAAAAAAUAAGAGUCAGAUCGAAGAAGCCACCUCAAAUUUUUCGAAAAACAAACGUUUGUUAUUCAGAAGUUAGAAAAAAACAGUAGGUAAAAAAUUUUAGAGUAGUAGUGUACAAAUUACAAACCACAUAUAACAGAGAUUUAUAUUUAAUAUUAAAAUAGGGGUUGUGUUACGUUACGAAAAUAAAGUAACGUUAGUGCCUUUUCGAAUGUCGAGUGAGACACUAUUCAAAGAGCGUCAUUGCUAUUCAUCAUCAACAUCACACCAUUAGAUCUGGUAUAAAUAAAAUAGUGCUCAAAAUGCAGGGAAUACUCAAAAACUGUUACUUUUUCAAAAUGUAUAAUCACCAUAUCUAGCGAAUUCUUUUGAAAUUUUAUAAUUUUCUCAAAAAAAAUUACCUAGUAUUCUUCAACAUAAAUUGCAAUGGAGUUGAAUCUCCAACCCAGAUGUUUAAUAUUCUUAUACGUAUUUUACAAAUUUAAUCUUCAUACAUCGAUGAUCACAACGAUGAACUCAAAUACUACACACUUCAUUGUCAAUUAAAAAAAAUAUGUAUUAUUUUUAUUAUAAUUAAAAAAUUAAUUACAUAAAACAAAUAAAAACCAUUAAAUAGGAAAAUGACAAAAGCUUAUGUUGCGUAUUUUUCACAUGAUUAUAAAGUUGACGAAAAAAACUGUAAAAGAGAUAUAUGAAAAGUAGGUAGGUAAUGCGUAAUAAAUUUGUGACUGAACAAGCAAAUGAAUAUGUAAUCUAAUAAAAUUACUGUGAUAACAAAUAUAUGAUACCCUACUCUACAUCUAGUUGUUAAAAAAUGAGUAUUUAACAACAAUCUUCUAGUGUGUAUUCUGAUAAAUAAACACUUCUUUUUCUACAUAUUUUACCAGAAACCGAAUCUCACUUUCACGUGAAACAAAAAUUUAUCCAAUAUAUACCGUUAUAAUCAUGUCAAUUAAAAAUAUAUUCUCUAAUAGCAUAUUUUAACAAUAGGUCCAUGUUUAUAUCAAUCUCUUGAAUGAAAAACUGAGAAAAACUCUUUACAAACCUUUUUACAAAAACUACAGUUCAGGGAAUUCUAAACUUUUUGAAGAAAUAGAUUAGUUAACUAAAUAAAAUGUAGAAAUAAAGAUUAAAAGAAUUUGGGAAAAAUGGCUAAAGAAAACAUCUUCAUAGAAUAAAAUUCUCCACAAACAAUGGUACGUUUGGAGAAUAUUGAUUAACUUCAAAAAAAAAGAGUAGUGCUUUUUCUUCAUCGAAAUAUUUCAUAUAUAAAGUGUAAUCCAAAACAAACAAAAGAUGUGUAAUUCAUCAACACAUAUAUUAAAACUGGCUGGUGGGAGCCAAAAGAAACAUUAUGGAACAGUUCACAUAACUUGAAAUCUUAUUUUCUGUAAAUUCUUUCUUUUCAUAAAAUUAUACAUCAUCUUUGUCUCAUAAUAACAAUGUAGCACUCAAUGUUUCGGUGGAGGAAUUCAGAUUAAAGUAUAAUUUCUAUCUAAAGUUUCCAUUUCAUUGAACUAUUAAUUAUGAGUUAGUGUAUACCGGCAUUCACACAGUAUGCCAUUCCUUUUGGCCACUCAUUUAUCCGAAACGUUCUAAAACUAUUCUGGAGUGAAAAAAAUGAUAUUCUGAUGCCAUCAAUGCUACCUGGCAGAUCUGUCUUUCAUUAACUGUUCCUAUAUUGUUUCUAUGCCUAUCAGUAGACUAUUGAACAAAAUAUUUGUGUAAUCGCAUCAAAGUCAUAUAUAAAAAGUAGAUUAAUAAUAAAUUAUGUGAAUAAUGAACUCGUAAUUGUUCGUUAUAAACAAACAGAAAUGUUAUAUAUACUAUAACUAAGUAACAGUUUUGAAUGUAUUCUUAUUUAAUAUCAUUUUUGACAUGUUUGAGCAAUAGAUCUGAACUCAAAUAUUAAUCAAAUAUCAAAAACGGCCAUAAAUAAUAUAUUGUAAUGAAAAUACGUAUUAUAUAACGUCAGCGAAACUGCCAACUUGUCUCGAUUUUGCUUACAAAAAAAUACCUAGUGGAUUUGCUCAAUAUAAUGAGUGUUUUAUUUUUCCAUUAACAAUUAUUUUAAGUUAGAACUUAGAAGAAUUUAUCUACUUACUAAUAUUUACUCUCUAGGAAAUGAUUAUAAUUGUCUUUUAGAAAUAUUGUAAGAAAAUUACCUAAAUGAAUCUGCAUGAAUGAUGAUGUGCCACAAAGGAAAUUCGAGACAAAUCGAUAGUUUUAAAUUUUUUUAACUCAAAACAGUGCCGAGUGUGCUAAAAGCGCAAGUAGGUACUCUUAACUCUGUGUUGUGAUCUUUUUAAAAGUCUAUUACUAUGAAUCUAUUAUAUAUAUUAAAACUUGAUAUAAUAAAAUAUUUGUACAUGUUAUUGUAUGUAUAAUAUUAGAUAUAAAUUUUAGAGGUCUGUGGUGAGUUCGAGUUGGUCGAGUUUUUUUCCAUUGAAAAAUGACAAUCCACGUUAUUUUAUUUAUGUGUAUGUUACUAAUAAUCUACAAAAUUUCUAGAUAUAAUUUGUGAAGUUUAAAUAAAAAAUAUAUUAUCGUUGCAUCUAUUAGUAUUUAAACAUACAUCACCGUUUAUAAUAAAUUCAGUAUGUUCUUAAAUCAUUUUUAAUUUGUUAGGUCCCAAAAAAUAUAAUUAUAAAAUAUAAAAAAUUUAUCGGCAUUAUUGGAAACUGUGGAAUACGUUUUACGCAUUACUUUUAUUGCCUUAUUAUAAAUUUUAUACCUCAUCGUUAAUUGUAGGAGGGUUAUUUCAGCAUAUAAUUCAAAGCAUAUUUUAACAGCUUUUUUGUCUGGAAUGUUAUGAUCCGGAACUACCUUGGCUAGAAUUACAUUACUAAUUUAAGAGGAAAAAAGAACUUAUGGACUACGAGACACUUAAUCACGAUAUUUGCAGACCUGUAUUGAAUAUGUAUUUAUAGCCUCUUACUUUGAAUUUAACUAACUUCCUUAAUAGAAAAAAGUUGUGAUUAUCUGUUAAAAACCUUUGAAUAUAAUUAUUAAGUAUACAAUGCACUAUCAUUAAAUCAAUAAAAAAGAUAUUUUCUUAUAAGGUACUUUGUAAAAGUGGUUUAGUCAUUAUUCCUAUCUUUAUGUUCACAAUAACUGAGUUUAAAACUUCCAAUUCUACAAAUAUUGAUUAGUAGAAAAGUAAUUUAAUAUGGAGAAUAUCCUAGGGAACCACAGGAUUUCUUCUUUGAUUAAGAUAAUCAGCCAAAUUUCAAAUAUAAAUGACCUAGAUGCAACAUACUCUAGAAAUUUUAUGACAAAUUGUUUGGAAGAAUGUUCCAAAAUAUUCGUUUGAGUUACUAAUUUACGAAUAGAAUAUUUGAAAUAAAAAAUUUUUCGACAUUCUAUUGAAUUCAUACACGAUAAGUAAAUAAUAUUUUGUAUAUUGUUAGUAAUGUGAAUGUCCCAGCGACAUUAAACCUAGGUUAAGUGCUUAUCUUAGAAAUAUCACUGUUAAAUGUUUUUGAACAAGCUGUAUGUUUUUUCGGGCUCCUUAUAAGGUGUUAGAAUGUAGGUUAAGUAUACUAGGCCACUCUAACUUGCCCCAGACUACCCAGACUGGGCCAGAAUUUUGGUAGUCUAAGUAUCAGGUGCUCAGAUCUAUCAAUUAAUUGUUGUUAUAUUGAAUGUACCUCUUCAGAACUGAUGGCCAUUUUUCAAAGUUAACGAUUAUAUAUAAGAAGAAAAACCAUCUUCAAAUAUUCUUAUUUUUGUUGUUUCUGAAUGCUUUUCUAGUUGUAAUGAUUUUACUGUUGAAUAAUAAAGUUAUUAUUUCUUUUUUGUUUGGGA